AAGUUAUGACGUCAACACACGUUACGUAUAUCUUAUUUGUAAACUUCAAGAGGACGCGGCCGUCUUAGCUAGCAUUUGGACUGUUUCAGUGAUGGAUUAAAAAGCCAAAUGGAAAAAUAGAAAUAAAAACGUCAUGUAGAUAUUUUAACGCUGCUGGUUAAACGUCACUAGGCCGCUGGAGCGUCAAAUCUGUCCUGUUCAGAAGGCAGUGAGGAGCUAACGGCUGUGACAGGCUAACGUUAGCGGAGCAGUAACUUUGAUUUUCUCGGCAGCAGUCAUGAUGGCGUCUAGCUACAAUGCCAAAGACGAGGAUGGACACAUCGCCGUGCCCGGAGCUUCUCUGCGGAGUAAGAAGCCUGAGAACACGGCGUUCAAGCAGCAGAGACUCCCAGCAUGGCAGCCCAUCCUCACUGCAGGUACCGUCCUCCCUGCCUUCUUCAUCAUCGGACUCAUCUUCAUCCCCAUCGGAAUCGGCCUCUACGUGACGUCCAACAACAUCAAGGAGUUUGAGGUUGAUUACACAGGAGUGGAAAUGUCCAGUCCCUGCUUCAACUGCUCACAGAACUACAUCUGGAACAGCACCAGCCCUUGCACCUGCACCAUACCCUUCUACCUGGAGCAGGCGUAUGAAGGCAAUGUCUACAUGUAUUAUGGCCUUUCUAACUUUUACCAAAAUCACCGUCGCUACGUCAAGUCCAGAGACGACAGUCAGCUACAUGGAGACAUGGAAUCCCUCCUGAGACCCAGUAAGGAGUGUGAGCCGUAUGCAACUCAUGACAACAAACCCAUCGCACCGUGUGGAGCUAUCGCUAACAGCAUGUUCAAUGACACUUUGGAGCUUUUUUACAAUGAUCCCAAUGGCACUAAAGUCCAGAUUCCUCUGGUGAAUACCGGCAUCGCCUGGUUUACCGACAAGUAUGUGAAGUUCAAGAACCCUGGAGGAGACAAUGCCAACCUCACCGCUGUUUUCCAAGGUACUACAAAGCCAGUGAACUGGCGUAAACCCGUGUAUGAGCUGGACAAAAAUGCAUCCAACAACGGCUUCAUCAAUGAGGAUUUCAUCGUGUGGAUGAGAACAGCCGCCCUGCCAACUUUCCGCAAACUCUACCGCACCAUCAAGGACGCCAGAAUGGUUCCAACUCUUCCAAGAGGAAACUACACGCUGGAGGUCGUCUACAAUUAUCCUGUUCGCAGCUUUGAGGGCAGGAAGCGGAUGAUCCUGAGCACCAUCUCCUGGAUGGGAGGGAAGAACCCGUUCCUUGGUAUUGCUUACAUCACCGUGGGCUCAGUCUGCUUCUUCCUGGGCGUCGUCCUGCUUGUCGUCCACCACAAAUGUGGCAAUCGCAGCAACAGCGCCGACAUUUCUAACUGAAGCAGCUGCACUCCAGCUCACCUCUGCUGCAGCAAAAAGGGACGUUUGUCAGAGAAAGUUUACAUCCGGGCUGGAGAAGUAGAUGAGUCAAAUAUGUAACAUCCUUAAUAACAUUUAAAGGGUUUAAAACUAGGGCUGAACGAUUUGCAAAAAUAAUCUAAUUGCAUUUUUUUCCUGCAAUAUUGCAAUUUGAAAUGCGAUUAUUUAGGUUCCUCAGCUUUUCUGUUGUUUAACAAA